AUGGAAAGUUCAUGUGAAAAGAAACAAACUAAUCCAGGAGGUACUCGUACCUUUUGUUCAGCUAUUAACUGCACAAACAGCAAGCUCAAAAAUCCUGAUCUAAGUUUUUUCCGUUUCCCAUGUGAUGAUAAAAGGUAUGAAAAUCAAACAAUAAAUUUUCUCUUAAAAUAUAUGCAGUAAAAGUAGACUUGAAAACCAAGGUUUUGAAAAAUUGUCUUUCAGAGCAAAAGAGUGGGUUGUUCUAACCAGACGUCAGGAUCUUCUAAAGAAAUCCCCCAAAUACUUGCACCAAAAUUGCAAAUUGUGUUCCAUACAUUUUGAGGAAUGCAUGUUCUCUAAUGAGUCAAAGAGCAGGCUUCGACGUGAUGCAAAGCCAACAUUAUUUAACAUACCAAACCCACCUGCCAGAGUGGGUUUUAAAAGAAAAUUGAUUGAGAGAGACCCCAUCACCCAUUCUCAAGGUAAUAAUGCAAAAUUAUAACUCCUUGUAACCCAUUGAGUGGCAUCACUCUCCCCCUGACAAGUAAAAUUGUCUGGCAUUAGACAGAGUAAAAUAAUAAAGCAGAGACCAACUGGGCACAUUGCCACUUAAAAACUACCUUGCCUUUAUUUCUUUAUAUUGUUAUAUAAUUUUUUGUUUUCAUAUUCAUUUGGCAAAAUAAAUUUGAUUGGGUCAUUCCAGAAAACAUCCAUACCACCCCCACAGACAAAAUAGGAAGUUAACCCCCUACCCCCUUUGGAUGUCCUAAUACACUUACUAUUAUCAGAAACAAUUUUUUCUCCCCUCACCCUCUGGACGGCAGAAAUUUCCUCCAUGGGGUGAGUAUGGGUCUUUUCUGGAAUGACCCAUUUGAUUUGAUAAAAGGGUUAACAGAGUUACUGUCAAGUGGCUAAAUAAAUUAAUAUUCUUCAUAUAGAGAAAAGACAAAAACUACAAGGGGACCCAACCGAUAAAGGUAUGCAAAAAUAUAAACAAUAUUUCAUGUUAACAAAUACAAAAUUCAAGGCAACUGUGCUGCAACAAUUUAAGUUAUUAACCCUUAGAGUGCUGCCAGCGUUCUCUCUUUAACAACUAAAAUCAUCUGGCAUUAGAGUAAAAUCAUCUGGCAUUAGACAGAGUAAAAUAAUAAAGUAGGGUGCAUCAGGCACAAUGUAACUCAAUGACUUAACUAGAGGCAUGGCCAGAUAGGCCAGUUAACCCUUUGAGUCCAAAUUAUUAUUUUACUCUGUCCAAUGCCAUAUUAUUUUACUCAUCAAUAGUGCUGCCAGCCAAUUUGAGCACCAGUGCAGAGGUGGCAUGGAGGGAAAUUUUUCUCACUUACAUUUUUAAGAUUUUAAAAACCCCUAGAUGCACAGCAAUUCAAUGGUUAUCCAUCUUCAUAUUAGAAUAUUUUAUCCUCAUCCCCCACCUAUCUACAAUAUUGAAAUUGUGACCAUGACUUAGUCACAAAAUUUUAACCAAAUAGAAUCCACUACUUCUAUGACCCCCUUACUUUUUUCUCACUUUUCACUUGGAAGGGGAAAGAGAUGAUUACUAUUAGGAUAUUAGUAACAGUUAAGUGGAGGAGAGGCCAACAAUUCUAUGACACAAAACAAUUUAUUACUUAGAAGAUAUUAGGCUAAUUUUAUACUUAAGGUGACUGUUACAUAUAGAUUGUACAUCAAAUGUCAUUGGAGAAACAACAGCUGAGGAGGCAACACCUGAAAAUAUAACGAGAUCGGAAGAAUUACAAGAAAGGAUUGUUGAUGAUGCAGGUUACAUAAACACUGUGUCAGUUUCAUUUUUGGCAUAAAUGCACUACACAUGCACUGACAUUUAACUUAUAACUUUUAGAUAUUCCAGAAAUAACAACUGACAAUACAAUAAUGGUUGAAGAAAAUAGCAGUUGCUCCAAGACAGAUUUCUGCAGUCAGACUGAGAAAGACUUCUCAAUAAAUUCACCUAGAAAAAAGAAACAGAAGAAAAUUAUUCAUGCUCAAAAUAAAAAGAUCAAACGGUUGCAGGCCACCAUCAAGAGGUUAAAAUCGAGCAAGAAAAAACAAGGAGAUGCAUUGGAUAAAGCACUGGAAAAACUGCCCAAAAACCUGGCCAAUUUCGUGAAGGCACAAAUCAAACUUCAUGGCAUAAAGAAGAAAGGUAGAAGAUACUCACCUGAAUUGAAAUCUUUAGCCAUUUCAAUUUAUCAUGCAAGUGGCAAAGCAUACAGACUCCUAACAAAACUGUUUAUUCUUCCCACCAAAUCCUCAUUACGUCGAUACAUAUCCAAAAUGCCAACUUUACCAGGUUUCACACAGGGAGCUAUCAAUAUUAUAAAAAGUAAAGUGUCGCAGAUAGGUGAACAAGAAAGGCUUGUAACAUUAUGUAUGGAUGAAGUAUCUCUGAAAACUCAUUUGUAUUAUGACAUUUCUGCAGAUAAGAUUGUUGGUCUUGAAGAUUAUGGGAGUGGAUACAGAACAAACAAAGUAGCAACUUCAGGACUUGUUUUUCUUGUUCGCAGCAUCACCGGGGGAUGGAAGCAACCUCUUGGUUAUGCAUUGGUAAAUGGAGCAUGCCCAGCAGAUGAAAUGGAAAUGUUGAUAAGAGAGGCCAUUGACAAGCUUAAAGGUAUUGGCUUAACAGUUGUUGUUGUGAUGUCUGAUAUGGGGUCAAAUUUUCAAAGUCUGGCGAAGCACUUGAAUAUAACACCUGAAAAGCCAUGGUUUAUUCAUAAUAACCAAAAGUACUUUGUUAUGUUUGAUCCACCACAUCUGUUAAAAUGUGUCAGAAACAACUUAAUGAAAUACUCAUUCAAAUUUGGCUUGUACAUUGCAACAUGGAAGGAUAUUGACAGCUUUUACAGCAACGACAAGACUCUUGCCAUACGAACAGCACCAAAGUUGACUGAAAAACACCUUCAUCCAAAUGGCUUUUCUAAGAUAAAAGUCAAGUACGCAACACAGGUCUUCAGCCACACUGUAGCAGCUACAAUAUGCUCAUAUGUCAGCAUGGGAGGGCUACCACAAAGUGCUUUGGGUACAGCUGAGCUCCUUUUUCAAUUUGAUUCAAUUUUUGACUGUGUCAACAGCUCCACAAUCCAUUCUACAAAGAAGUUAAAAUGUGCUAUGAGUGAUGCAACUUCCCAUGAACGUUUUAUAAAGGAUUCAAUUAAAUUCAUAAUGAGCUUAGAGGUUCUUGAUGGAGUCAACAUUGUGACUGGACGAAUUAAGUGUCUUCAAGGAUGGCUGGUUACACUUAAUGCUAUUCUUCAAAUAUGGGAGCACCUAAAAACAAUGCAUGAUUUUAAAUUUUUACUCACCAGAAGACUGAACACGGAUCCCAUAGAAAAUUUCUUUGGCGCAAUCCGUCAACAAGGGGGAAAUAGUGACAACCCGACACCAGUUCAAUUCACUCGCGCUUUCCGUAAAUUGUUUUUCAGUUCUUUCCUUGAAUCUUCAACAGGUAAUUGUGAUCAAGACUUGGAUACUCUUCUUGCACAGUUUUCCAAAGAUAAAUCAAAUAUGCCUGUCCUGGUCAGCCCAAAAGAACAGCCAAAUACCCUGGACAUCGGUGCUACAGAUUAUAGUGAUAAGAAUGUCGGUGAUGGUCUCAUUGAAGCCAAUGCAACUUGUUAUGUGGCAGGGUACCUUCUGAUGAAAUGCCUGAAAAGACAUACAUGUCAAGUGUGCAAGGACAAACUAAUAUCCAACACAUUAGAUGACAACAGAAAACUAUUUUGUUUUUUAAAGGCAUACGACACCGAUAAAUCAACCUUUGGUGGUUUACAUGUGCCAUCGAUGUCCUUUUUGGACUUUGUAACGAAAAUGGAAGAUGCUUUUGUAGCCAAUUUUCAGUUUUUUCAAAGAGUUCAUGCAUUGGAUGGCAUCUCCUUGCAAAAUUAG